AUGGCGGACGGGUACGCAUGGAUGCGUAAUUAUUCCUGGGGAGCUAUGACCCUCGCCUACCUAUACGGCGAGUUGGCGGAUGCAUGUAGGCCUGGACACAGGGCGUUUGGGGGGAGCGUGACACUGCUGACUGCAUGGUUUUUGGCGCAUUUUCCAGGGUUUUUUAGUGUUGAUCUCAACACUGACUACCUGGAAAACUAUCCGGUUGCAGCGAGGUGGAAGCUCCAGAAGGGUCAUGGGGAGGGGAUCACGUAUCGGUCACUGCUCGAUCGUAUACAGUUAGAUGAUGUAUGCUGGAGGCCGUACGAGGAGCACAGAGAGAUCCAGGACUUCGAGGAGGUUUUCUGGUAUUCUGGAUGGAUUAUGUGCGGCGUCCGUAGGGUGUACCGUCACUUGCCCGAGAGGGUUUUGAGGCAGUACGGAUACGUGCAGACCAUCCCCAGACAUCCGACUGAUGUUAGGGACCUCCCACCGCCUUCCAUACUGCAGAUGUUGCUUUAA